GCUAGGGUUAAUGUUCACUUUUCACACUGACAUCUUGAUACUGGGUAAUCUAAUAAACUUUUGUGUAGUGUGCAACUUUAAGGAUUUUUAUAGACAAAACACAUCAUCAUCAUCCUGAAAUUAAUCUGCACCUUAUAGGCAUUGUCAGAUUAAACAGCAAGGAAGUGUAGCAUUAGCUAGCUAGAAGAUAUCCUGCACAUACAGUAUACGGCUGAUUAUACAGUAGAGAUCUUAUUUGCCUAAAUUUCAACACUUUUUUGGUUUUUAAUCUUCUCCAUAUAGCUAGAGCAUGUUCUGCUUUAAUAAAAAACAAAAAAAGAGCAAGAAACGACUGUGCAAAAAAGAUAUUCAUUUCCAAACUGAUCCCAGUUAUUAAGCCGUAUAAAUACCAACUUUGCUGUCGUCCACCACAUGGUCUCAGCAUCAUAACAAAUAUAAUGGCUGGUACCAUAUAAUUAGCAGAUUCUCUUUACGAAUGCUCUUAAAAUGACAACAGACAACCCUGGGUUUACUACCAUCGAUAUCAAAGAAAUUUGGGAAUUUAAGCAAAAAUUAUUUCUACUGUAAAUAUAGCCGUAUGAGCAGCUAAUUCUAGCUAUAAAUAUACUAUGUAAGUAUCCUGCAUCUGCUGUCUAUCCUGUUACAGACUAAUUAUCAGUUUUCCCUUAUUGUUAGUCCUAUAGAUAAAUUCGGUUGUUUACAUUUUCGGCUGAAAGCUCUUUUUGCGGAUUUCAAUUCCCCUUGGCGAUGAUUCCAUAAGGGCAAUUUAAUAUUACCAUAGCCCCCGGUUGACCCAAACCAUGUAAGGCGAAAUUGGGGAGAUGACGCACUGUGUGGACUGUUGGAUGUUGCACAGAGUUGUCUGGUAGAGCGCAGAUUCUAAUAAUUGAUCCAUCGCCUAAUGAGAGAAUUAAAUACGCCAGGACUCCGCGUCAAAGCCUUGACCCCUCCUGGAAAUAAUAGAUGGGUAUAUCCCUCGAUACUUUUGAGGCUAGCCAUUUAAAAUAUGGCCAUAUUUUACAUAGCCAUCUCCUCAAUUUCCCUCUCAUGGCUUGGGUUACCCAGAGCCCAUACUGAAUUGCCGUCAAGGACAAGGUCUCCAGCACAAAGUGCGAGAGUUAUAACCACUAAAUAAGCAUUUAACCAUCAGUACACAAAAACGUUUCCUAAACCUUGGUUCUUGAAUCUGUUUCAGAAUAAAUGGGUUAAGAUAUCAUCAAAGAAGAUUUAAAACCUCUCUGUAACUGUUUGUCAAAAGAUCCUACACAUUUUUUUGAUUAGUGUUUCAAGCUCUACACAACAGAGGCAUUAGGUGAAUGCAUUUAUAAAGGAGUUUUUAUGUGUAUUGACAAGUUAUUGCUGACUUCAGCAAAAUUUUUAGACUUCUCCAGAGUCCGUCAAAAAUAUACAAUCCUACACAUUUUUGUUAUACACAAUUAAGUCAAUGGGUAAACAAAACAAAAAAAUUGUAUAUUGAUGGGUCCUUGCUAAAGUCAUCAAAAUUUAUGUGACAGUUUACUUUUCUGUUAUUCCUCUGCCCAAGUGCUGCCUGGGGAAUCCAAAGUAACUGACCUGCAAAAUUUUUGUUGGCAAAGCUAAUUUAGAGGCACUUUUGGCAGACUUGUAUUUUUUUCUAUUCAUUGACAACUUUGACUUUAUUUCCCUUAGAGUGGCAAAGUCGAUAUUCCAAUGCCUGAAAUAACUUAAGAUACAGAUUCUAAAUAAGAUCAAAAUAGAAUAGAAUGGUUUUCCUUUGUGUACAACAAACAUUUUAAAGAAGUUUACUUGGCAUACUGAACUUUGCAUACAUAUGGACAACAUUUAUAAGAAGGUUGUCCUUGAAUAAGUGUAGCUCAACUUUCAGGUUGGCAAUGUGACAUAAAUAUUACAGGGCUGUAAGAGGGUUUUUCCAUGGGCCUCAUUGACAGUAUAUUUACAUGAAUGCAAGUUCUUAUAGUAAUGGUACAUAAAUAAAAACAAUGGCUUUGUUUAAAUAUGUCAGAACCUUGAAUUAUGUUACACCCAAAGGCUCAUUGAGACCUUGUAACGUGAAGAAAUGGUUUUCAACAGGCACAGAAGGUGAAAAGCACAUAGAAAGUAUCUUGAGAGAGAAUUUGAAAGUACAUGAAGUAGAUGUUAGAGACAUAUCAGGUGGAUGUGGUUCAAUGUAUGAGGUAUUCGUGAGCUCUGUUGACUUUAAAGGAAAGAGAAUUCUUCAACAGCACAAACUUGUUAACGAGAUUUUAAAGGACGAAGUCAAGCAAAUGCAUGGCUUACGAAUUCAAACAGAAGUUCCAAAGGAAGGUACAUGACUAAAGUCCAGUCUUAGUCCAGCCAAGAAUAUAAAUUCCACAACAAACACAAUAUGUGGAAAUAAAAAUGGCGGGGAUACGAAUCGUUCUCUGACUGAAUAUAGUGGCUUACCUAAAGAACUUGGUUAUUUGGACAGUGAAAGAGGAACUAUACGCUUAGUUUGAAGUGGCGUUAGACAAUUUGUUCUAGAGAAUGUAAUUUCGUGGUCGCGAUUUUUUAUUUUGAUACAUCGAGCUCAGGAUUCUAUAACAACCCAUUAGUUUACUGA